CGUUAGAAUUGAAUCCUUGGAGUUGUUCAAGUGUUCUCCUCCCUUGUUUGACAAUUGUUGCAGAGCUCGAGUUCAAAAGUUUUUGAUAGGUUUUUCAGCUGAUUUUGAUUUACUUUCUGUGAUUCAACGACGUGGAAGAGAGAAAUGGAAAAUCGAGUGCCCUCAGGGACAGUCAAGCUAUGCGAACAGAUGGAGUUGCUGGAGUUCCCUGAUAAGUUCUUGAUUAGAUCUUUGGAUUCUACCAACCAAGCUUUCUCCAUUGGUCGUUCUAAUGGCAGUAUUGACACCCAAAUUGGUGAUUCAUGUUCUGGAAGUCCUUCUAAAGUUUCUAAAAUUUAUGGUGUGGUCGGAACAAUACAAUUACUUGCAGGAACAUAUGUACUUAUAAUUACUUCUAGAACGGAAGCUGGCACUUAUCUUGGUUUCCCCAUUUUCCGAAUUACGGCAAUGAAGUUUCUGUCCUGUAAUGAGGCUUUGAAGCUUUCAACUUCUCAAGAAAAAAGGGAUGAGGCUUACUUCAUGUCUCUGUUGCGAACUGUGGAAUCCACUCCAGGCUUGUAUUAUUCAUAUGAAAUUGAUCUAACAUUGAACAUACAAAGAACAGUCAAAUUAACUGACGAGAGGGCAAACAAACCACUUUGGAAGCGAGCUGACCCUCGCUUUGUUUGGAACAAAAAUUUGUUGGAAGAGCUUAUUGAGUGUAAGCUUGAUCCAUUUAUCAUUCCUUUGGUACAAGGGAGCUUUCAGACUGUACAGUUCACGCUUAAAGAUGCUCCAGCAAAAAUUACUUUGAUCUCAAGAAGGUGUACUCGGCGUUUAGGAACAAGGAUGUGGAGAAGAGGAGCUAACCUUGAAGGAGAUGCUGCUAAUUUUAUUGAGACUGAGCAAUUGCUGGAGUUGGAAGGUUUCAAAUCCUCGUUUUUGCUGAUUCGAGGUUCAAUUCCACUUCUUUGGGAGCAAAUUGUGGAUCUGAGCUAUAAGCCACGGCUUAAAAUAAUUAAUCAUGAAGACACACCCAAGGUUGUGGAGCGCCAUUUUCAUGAUCUUACACAACGAUAUGGAGAAGUCAUGGUUGUGGAUCUAACUGAUAACCAUGGUGAUGAAGGUCAAUUAAGUAUGGCGUUUUCUGCUGAGGUGCAAAAGCUUCCCCGUGUGAGAUAUGUUUCUUUUGACUUUCAUCAUCAUUGCGGCAAUUCAAACCUUGAUAAUUUACAACUUCUCUAUGAUCAAAUCUCCAAGGACUUCGAAAAGCAAGGAUACUGCCUUGUUGACUCAGAAGGAGAAAUACUAGCUGAGCAGAAAGGAAUUGUUAGGGUUAACUGUAUAGAUUGCCUGGAUCGAACCAAUGUUACCCAGAUUUACCUAGCUCGAGAAUCACUAAACUCACAGCUGCGAAAGAUAGGUGCACUUUCUUCCACUGAGUGCAUAUCCAAGUUCUGUGAAAUUUAUGAAAAGUUCAAGACAAUAUGGGUUGAACAAGGAGAUGAGAUAAGCCUGGAGUAUUCUGGGACACAUGCCAUGAAGAGUGACUUCGUGAGAUUUGGCAGGCAGACUCUGCUUGGGCUUAUUAAAGAUGGGAUGACUGGUCUGUCACGAUAUUACUUGAAUAAUUUUCAUGAUGGCAUACGACAGGAUGCAAUGGAUCUUAUCAGCGGCCACUACACUGUCAAUUUUAAUGGUCCUUCCCCAUUCCAGAUGAAUGAAUUUGAAUCAUUCUCGUAUCUCCCAGUUGCAUCAGCUUUAUUAGUUGGGGGUCUUACACUGACAUCCUUCACCCUUAAUCAAGGCGGGCGAAAUGCGCAACAUUUUGUAUCUUCUGUACUUUGGGCUGGUUUGACGGCUGGAGUGGUGGUUGUGGUUAAAGCUAAUGGAAGGCAGCUCUGCUCCAGGCCUAGGUUGUGUGGCCUUUUGUGAAUUAAUUAGGUAUUUAACUGUAACUGUUAUCUGAAGUGAGAUGUAUCAUCUAGAACUGAGAAAUAAUCACUACAAAUGUGUACAAAGCAUAUGAUAUCAAAUUGUCUUAUA